GAUAGCUGAAGAGGCAGGUACAUGCCCCAUAUGCCGUAGGAAGAUGAAGAAAGUGAAGAAAAUAUUUUCGAUGACAUCUUUUUAAGACGGAUGGUAAACGUUAGAAAAAAGGACGAAUGAUGAGCAAUUUCCAUGCUAUCAAAAAGUGUGUGGAUAACAAUAAUGUUAGGUAGCUUGCCAAUAUGUCCUUAACAAUCACGGACUUUAUAGGAAUGGAAUGUGUAUAAGUGAAUUAGUGAAUUACCCAUUUUUCAAGUUGUCUUUACUCUAAGCUCAAUUUGUCAUGAUUUGCAAUUUGCAAUUUUGCAUAGUACUCUAGUUUGUGAUAAUUGGAGGAAUUAGCCUGGAAAUAGGAUCAUGGUUAGUUGGUUGGUUGAUUGUUGUUUACAUUAAUGUUAAUUUCUCGUCAACAUUAUUAAUUAAUACAAACUUGAUUGCAUAAUUAAAUUUUCUAAACCGAAAUUAAAUUGAUAGAAAGGACGAGUUAUUAAUUAAAUAAUUAGUUUAUUGUAAUACGGACUUAACUACUCAAGGGAUCAAAGAUAACGCCAAACUCAUGACACUACUUCUCUCCGCCUUAAACAAAUGAUUUUUAAAAUAAUUUCAAUUUAGUAUUUAGCAAAAAAAAAAGUUAAAAAUAAUUUAAAUUCAAAAAACUAAUUUCAUUUCAAUAAAAUAAAAAACGAUAAAAAGGCACAUUUAAUGUAUAAUUUUCUAUACACGUAGCCACCAUUUCUUUAAUAAAGUAGAUUAGACUUAAUUCGACACUGAUAAUUUUCCAAUUUAAUAAUCAUUACUCCAAAUUAAUCCCAACCCAAGCUAGCCAGCUUAGCUCACUCAACCGGGACCCACUCGAAGUGAUCACUAUUGUUGGCGGGAACCCAACACCUUGACACCUGGGACCAACUAACAAUAACUACCUACCCAAUCUAACCAAUAAGGCAAAAGUAGUAGGACCCAAACACAAAAACAGCCAAAAAGUUUUAGAGUUUGAUCAUAGUACAACAGAACCAGUGGUUUAAUGUAAUUGGCCAAAGAUCGAUUUUUUCGAAAGAUAGAGAAAGUCAAUAGGAGAAAUUAACGAGAGAUAUCAUGAGUUUUAGCGGCAACAAUAUCAACAGAAAUGUGUGCUUCUGUUACCACUUUCUUAGCUCACCCUUUACAUUAUUCUUGUUCGUUUGUUUAAUUUGGAUUUCCUUAGUUUUUCGCAACAAAUUUGAGAUUAAUUAUAAUGGCAAUGGGGUUGCGUUCCAAGCUUAAUCAUGGCAAUUCUUCGCUCCCUCGUUCUCCUCCUUAUCUCUUUUCCUCUGUUUGUCUCUUGGCUUUUCUCUCUCUUGCCGCUCUUCUUGUUCUCAAGGUUGAUGAUGUUGCAUAUCAGACGAAGACAGUUGCAGGACACAACUUAAAGCCCACACCAUGGCAUUUGUUUGAGCCAAAAGUCUUUGAUGAAGGAACGAGCUAUUCUAGAGCUACUAAGAUCGUACAAUGCCAAUAUUUCCAGUGUCGCUCUAAUGUCAUCCCCAAUUACCCACAACUUGACCCGUCUAAACUGGCAUCAUGUCCAGCAUUCUUCAGAUAUAUACACAGAGACUUAGAGCCAUGGUCCAAGAGCAGAAUAAGUUUACAGCGUGUGAUGGAAGCAAAGGAGUAUGCAGCUUUUCGAGUUGUAAUUGUUGGGGGUCGAUUAUUUGUGGACUUCUAUUAUGCUUGUGUACAAAGUCGUAUGAUGUUUACUGUAUGGGGGUUAUUACAGCUUCUUAAAAGAUAUCCUGGCCUGGUCCCUGAUGUUGAUUUGAUGUUUGACUGUAUGGACAAGCCUGCAAUCAAUAGAACAGAACAUCGUUCAAGGCCAUUGCCACUUUUCCGGUACUGCACUACUAAUGAACAUUUCGACAUCCCAUUUCCUGAUUGGUCUUUCUGGGGUUGGCCCGAGGUGAACUUAGGACCAUGGGAUGCGGAGUUUAGAGAUAUAAAAAGAGGUUCUCGUUCUAGAAGCUGGCCAAAGAAAUGGCCUUAUGCCUACUGGAAAGGGAACCCAGAUGUUGGCUCCCCAAUCCGUUCAGCCUUAUUGGAGUGUAAUAAUACUAAACAAUGGAGGACACAGAUCCUUCGUCAGGAUUGGGGAGAAGAAGCAAGAGCCGGGUACAAGAAGUCGAAACUAUCUAGUCAGUGUGAUCAUAGGUAUAAAAUUUAUGCUGAAGGGUAUGCCUGGUCUGUAAGUCUCAAAUACAUACUAUCAUGUGGCUCCCUUACACUGUUAAUAGCUCCUCAGUAUGAAGAUUUCUUUACCCGUGGCCUUCUGCCGAAGAAAAACUACUGGCCUGUACCCCGUACUGAUCUAUGCCCAAACAUAAAGCAGGCUGUCGACUGGGGUAAUUCACACCCUGCUGAGGCUGCGGCUAUGGGAAAAGCUGGUCAAGAUUACAUGGAUACCUUAAACAUGGACCGUGUAUACGAUUACAUGUUCCAUCUCCUUAAGGAGUAUUCAAAGUUACAAGACUUCAAGCCAAUUCCACCUUCAUCUGCCCAGGAAGUCUGUAUCGAAUCUUUGCUUUGCUUUGCUGAGCCAAAGCAGAAGCAGUUCCUAGAGCAGUCAGCUACGUCUCUUGCAUCUAUGCCACCAUGUGUCCUCCCUAAUGCUGAUGGCAGGAUACUAAAGAGGUGGAAAAUGCUUAAGGAGAGAAUAAUGAAGGAUGUCGCCCAACAAACGUGAUAGAGCUCCAUCGUUCAGUCACCAUCUAAGUUACAAGGUUAGCUAUUGUUAAUGGGGUGUCAAUUAUCAUAUGAUAUGCAGGAUAUAACUUACUGGAAUCUUAUCAAAUGAAGCCAGUUGAUGCCCGCUUUAACAGUGCAAAAAGAAAAGGCUACACAACACAAAAUUGAUGUGUUUUUUUUUUUUUUUUUUCUCAUCCUUCUCAUUCUCUUUGAUGAUGGAUGUUUAUGUUAUACAAGUAUAUAAUUCCUUGUUAGUGGUUUGGAAAGCAAUGAUAAAAACACCCUUAGGAUAAUAGGAUUUCGACUUUUUAGUCCAAUCCUGAGGCUUUUAUUUAUUUAUUUAUUUAUUUGGGUAGAUUAUUCAAUUUAGGGUAUUGUGGUCUAUUUCUUACAAUAAUAAGAGGUUAGUUUUAUAAUUAUAAGAAAACAUCCAAGAUUGGACUGUUUAACGUCGAUCCCAGGGAUCUGGGAUCAACUAGGAGUUUCUCUGAUUAUGGAAGAGGCGGUAUGGUCAGUUGAUUUGUACUAGAAAUGCUACUGAUACACUUAUACUUGAUAGUUGCAGUGCAUAUUUCCAGUUUCCUUUGGUGCAAUUUAAGCUCUCUAAUAUAUUUUUUUUCUU